GAUGAAGGGACAGAGGACGGCAUUGAUGAUGGAACGGAAGAAGGAUCCGAGGAUGGCAUCAAUGAUGGAACCGAAGAAGGAAUCGAGGACAAUGACGGAGCAAAAGAUGGAAUCGAGGACGGCAUAGUGGAUGGAACAGAAGAAGGAGCUAUGGACAAAGACGGAGCAAAAGACGGAAUCGAGGAGGGCGUCAAGGAAGGGAGUGAAGACGAACUCAAGGAAGGCGUCAAAGAGGGGAUUGAAGACGGACUCGAGGAAGGCAUCAAAGACGGGUUCAAAGAUGGAAUUGAGGAAGGCAUCAAAGAGGGGGUUGAAGACGGACUCGAGGAAGGCAUCAAAGACGGGUUCAAAGAUGGAAUCGAGGAAGGUGUUGAAGACGGACUCGAGGAAGGCAUCAAAGUUGGGUUCAAAGAUGGAAUCGAGGAAGGCAUUGAAGACGGAGCUGCAGAUGGCGUCAAAGACGGCGCCAAAGAGGGGACUGUAGACGGAGUUGAGGAUGGCAUCACAGUGGGGACUGAAGACGGACUCGAUGAAGGCCCCAAAGAGGGCUCUGCAGAUGGAGAUGGAGAAGGC